AUGGACGGCACCGCGGCCCCUGUCACUAAGUCUGCAGCUGCCAAGCUGGUCAAGAGAAAUUUCCUUGAAGCUCUAAAGACAAAUGACUUUGGGAAAUUGAAGACCAUUUUAAUCCAAAGGCAAAUAGAUGUGGAUACAGUUUUUGAAGUUGAAGAUGAGAAUAUGGUUUUGGCGUCUUAUAAACAAGGUUAUUGGUUGCCUAGCUAUAAAUUAAAAUCCUCUUGGGCAACGGGCCUUCAUCUCUCUGUCUUGUUUGGUCAUGUGGAAUGUCUUCUGGUGCUCCUGGACCACAAUGCUACAAUCAACUGCAGGCCCAACGGGAAAACGCCUCUUCAUGUGGCUUGUGAAAUGGCCAACUUGGAUUGUGUUAAGAUCCUUUGUGACCAUGGAGCAAAGCUCAAUUGCUACUCCUUGAGUGGACACACAGCUUUACACUUUUGUACAACUCCAAGCUCCAUUCUUUGUGCCAAGCAAUUGGUUUGGAGAGGGGCAAACGUGAACAUGAAGACCAACAACCAGGAUGAGGAGACACCCUUGCACACAGCUGCCCACUUCGGCCUCUCGGAGCUGGUGGCCUUCUACGUGGAACACGGGGCCGUCGUGGACAGUGUGAACGCCCACAUGGAGACCCCCCUGGCUAUCGCAACCUACUGGGCCCUCCGCUUUAAAGAGCAGGAGUACAGCAGGGAGCACCACCUCAUCUGCCGCAUGCUGCUCGACUACCACGCCGAGGUCAACGCCAGGGACGAGGACUUCAAGUCUCCGCUCCACAAGGCAGCCUGGAACUGUGACCACGUGCUCAUGCACAUGAUGCUGGAGGCCGGGGCCGAAGCCAAUCUCAUGGAUAUCAAUGGCUGUGCGGCCAUCCAGUACGUGCUGAAGGUCACCUCUGUGCGCCCUGCAGCCCAACCUGAGAUCUGCUACCAGCUACUGCUGAACCACGGGGCUGCUCGAAUAUACCCUCCGCAGUUCCAUAAGGUGAUACAGGCUUGCCAUUCUUGUCCCAAAGCCAUCGAAGUGGUAGUCAACGCCUACGAGCACAUCCGGUGGAAUGGGAAGUGGAAAAGGGCUAUCCCUGAUGAUGACCUGGAGAGGUACUGGGAUUUUUAUCACUCUCUCUUCACGGUGUGCAGUAACUCUCCGAGGACUCUCAUGCAUUUAUCGAGAUGCGCCAUUCGAAGAACGUUACACAGCAGAUGUCACAGAGCAAUUCCUUUGCUUUCCCUCCCACUGUCAUUGAAAAAGUACUUGCUUUUAGAGCCAGAGGGAAUCAUUUAUUAAGUCUUACGAGGCAGAGGUUCUCAGUCUCAGAUACUUAAGUGGACUCACCAGAUAGACACAGUUUACAUAAAUAAAAUGGUACUUGGGUUGUUUAUAACAUGUCAGGGAGUUCAAAACACUUCACAAACACUCUAUCAUUAAUCUUAGGGUUUUGUGAUGGGGGGAAAUAAACAAGAAAUAAAGUUGAGGCCUUCUCAAAGACGAGAAUAUAACCAGAAGGUACAGACCUAACAAUAAUAGCUAGCAUGGACAGGUGCUCAGUUACUAGGUGCCUGCUAUAUUUUUGUACAAAUUUUCCUAUAUUAUCUCAUUUGAAAUGGGACCCAGAAUUUCUUACAACCCAUCUCCCUUAUCAUUGAUAAGUUUACAUUACCAUUCAGUUGGCAGAAGAGCAGGCUUUGUGAUUGGCCUCUCAGUCUUGGUGCCUUCCCUGCAUUCCCACUUCUCAGAGAUUACUGCUGCUCAUUUUGCAAACUCCUGUCCCCACACCAAGCUCCUCAACUUAUUCUUAGUGAAGAAAGCAGGUGAGCAUCGUCAAACAAGGAGAUCUUUGAGUCAACUUAGAAAUGGAAGACAAAGACCAGUCCACUUGAUGGUCAAAAAUGGACAUUUCAACACACUCUCAUUGAGCCAGAGACCGGAGGCAAAGACAAGCCCAAAGCAAGGACUCCUGCCCUCCAGGAUCUUACAGUUUAGCAGAGGAUCCGACACACAGGCAGGGAACGGCCGCAUCAGAUGUCAGGGGCAAGAGUACAGGUGCUGACUGAUUCAUAGCGCUUGCCCUUCACAGUCACGUUUCUGACGUGAAGGGUGGUUUUCUUUCAAGCAUGAAGAUAAAGAGUGAAGGGACUGUAUGAAGUAGGGGGCUCUCCUGCUGCUGUGCGUAGGAAUAUAGUCACUUUAAGCUUCUCCGGCCAUCUCGCUGUUGUUUUAUUUUAGUAUGCUUCCCUGUGUAGUGUGAAGGGAAAGGCUUCAGCUGAUUAUAUUGGUCUUUUUAGAUAACACACUGACAUUUCAGAGCAUUUUAGCUGGAAGGUAUGGAGCACUUUGCUAGCAAUGGUUAGUUACAGAAGGCAAAUUAAGAAGACCUUUUGGAAAAUGGUAAUUUUUGAAAAAAUUGCAAAGAUAAGUGUGUUAGACAGGCUUGUUAGUUAGUGGUUUGCAGAAAGAAAAGUACGGUUGAUGAACGCCUGGACCUCAUGGUUUAUGAGGUCAACCUGCUUCCCUGCUUUGCCCUUGUGCCUCACUUAGUGUUGCUUUUUAAAUGUCAGGGCAGAUGCCAUUCAGCACAAACAAAUCAAUUUGCCAGCUGUGAGCAGGUUUCUUUUACUUGUGUAGUUCUCCAUCUUAUUUAACUUUACAUGCUUGAGUUUUGGGUAGAGAUGAUGUUGAGUACUCCACUUAGAACGUGCUUCUAAACUGGGAUUCUCCUACUCCAGGUGCCAUGUAGAAGAAAUCAUAGGUGGAUACAAUAAUCUUGCUGAAAUACCAGUUUUACUCAAAUAUUAGGGGAGAAAUAUGUUGUACUUAAACAAGACCUAUAUGAUGGAAUAGAAUGCUAAAUCUGUAUGAACUUUACAUAAAACACGAUCGUUCAGAGAACAGUUUGCUUGCAUCAAGUCCUUAGAACCCAGCAUGGAAUGCUGGGUGGAGGUUCCUGCUGCCCUCCCCCUCAGGAAUGCCCUGGCAGGCAAGUCUGUGCUGCGCCGACUGAGGCAAUAGAACUGAUGCUGCGGACAAAGACCGACAGACGACCCUCCUUCCAUGGGAAAUAACGCUCCUCAGUUUGCUUGCUUGCACUUAAACCUUCUGUGUUAACCUAGGCUAUGAUACGUGACUCCUUGUUUCCCAUUGUUUAUUCAUGUAUUCAAAGUUAUUUUUCCUCAUCUUUGGACUUUUAUUUAGAGGACUUAAAUAAAGCUCUCCUGUUUCUUUUCA